CAGCUACUGGAACAAUGGAUUCUAUGCUAACUUUAGCAACAGAGGAACCUGUUAAGAAGGACACUCUCAAGAAAUAUAAAAUAAUUUGUAUCGUUCUUCUUGCUUUGUUGGUGAUAGUGUCACUUGGAUUAGGCCUGGGGCUGGGACUCAGGAAACCAGAAGAGCAAGGCAGCUGCAGGAAAAAAUGCUUUGACUCAUCAUAUAGAGGCCUGGAGGGCUGCCGGUGUGAUGCAGAAUGUAAAGACCGAGAUGACUGCUGCUGGGAUUUUGAAGAUACUUGUGUGGAAUCAACUCAGAUAUGGACGUGCAAUUUAUUUCGUUGUGGAGAGAGUAGACUGGAGUCCAGCCUUUGCUCUUGUGCUGAUGACUGUUUGCAAAGGAAGGACUGCUGUACCGACUACAAGAGUGUUUGCCAAGGGGAGGCACCGUGGGUGACAGAAGACUGUGCCGCAUUGGUGGAGCCUCAGUGUCCAGAAGGGUUUGACCUGCCACCAGUGAUCCUGUUUUCCAUGGAUGGCUUUAGAGCGGAGUAUCUAGACACAUGGAGCACUUUACUACCCAACAUCAACAAGCUGAAAACAUGUGGAAUUCAUUCAAAAUACAUGAGAGCUAUGUAUCCUACCAAAACCUUCCCAAAUCAUUAUACUAUUGUCACGGGCUUGUAUCCAGAAUCACAUGGCAUCAUUGACAAUAAUAUGUAUGAUGUAAAUCUCAACAGGAAUUUUUCACUUUCCUCAGCAGAGAAAAAUAAUCCAGCCUGGUGGCAGGGACAACCAAUUUGGCUGACAGCAAUGUAUCAAGGUUUAAAAGCUGCUUCAUACUAUUGGCCAGGAUCCGAUGUGGAUAUCAACAGCUCCUUUCCUUCUAUCUACAUGAAUUACAGCAGUGCUGUUCCAUAUGAAAAAAGGGUCUCUACAUUGUUACAAUGGCUGGACCUGCCCAAAGCUGAAAGACCACAUUUUUAUACCAUAUAUGUGGAAGAGCCUGAUUCUGCAGGACAUUCAAGUGGACCAGUCAGUGCCAGAGUAAUUAAAGCCUUACAGUUAGUAGAUGAUGCCUUUGGGAUGUUGAUGGAGGGCCUGAAACAGCGGAACUUACACAACUGCGUCAAUAUGAUCAUUUUGGCUGACCAUGGAAUGGACCAGACUUACUGUGACAAAGUUGAAUAUAUGACUGAUUAUUUUCCCCAAAUAAAUUUCUAUAUGUAUGAAGGACCUGCUCCUCGCAUCAGAACUCGUAAUAUACCUCAGGAUUUUUUUACCUUUAAUUCUGAAGAAAUUGUUAGGAACCUCAGUUGCCGGAAACCCAGUCAGCAUUUCAAGCCCUAUUUGACUCCUGAUUUGCCAAAACGACUGCACUAUGCCAACCAUGUCAGAAUCGACAAGGCUCAUCUCCUGGUGGAUCGGCAGUGGCUGGCUACAAGGAGUAAAUCAAGUUCCAGCUGUGGAGGAGGCAACCAUGGCUACAAUAAUGAGUUCAAGAGCAUGGAGGCUAUCUUCUUGGCCCAUGGACCCAGUUUUUAAAGGAAAAGACUUGAAAGUUGACCUUUGAAAAAUAUUGAAAGGUCUGAUAAUCUAAAUGCUUAUCUUCUACACAUUCAACCAGCACCGAACAAUGGUACCCAUGGCAGUCUGAACCAUCUUUUGAAGGUGCCUUUUUAUAAUCCAUCUCACACAGAGGAAGUGUCAGAGUCAUCUGUUUGUAACUUUACCAUCCCAGUGCCCGAGACACCCUGGGCUGUUCAUGCACUGAGCUUGGAAACACU